UUUUUUUCGUAAGCCCUUCUCUCCUCUUCUAAACCCUUUCUAGGGUUUUUACUCUGCGUUCGGUAACUCUCUAACUCUGUGAUGGCUUUCUUCAAUAAAGCCCGAGGCAUACUCCAGCAUGCAGUAAGGAAGCAUAUUAAUCAUGAAAUUUCUGCAUCUAGACCGUCCAUAUUUGAAGCAAUACGAUGCAUGUCUUCAAAGCUCUUUGUUGGAGGGCUCUCAUAUCAAACCGAUCAGGCAAGUCUCGAAGAUGCUUUUCAAAAGUAUGGAGAAGUUAUUGAAGCAAGAAUCAUUACAGAUCAUCAAACUGGUAAUUCCAGAGGUUUUGGCUUUGUUACUUUUCAAAGUGCUGAGGCAGCUUCCUCUGCUAUCAUGGCCUUAGAUGGAAAGGAGUUUCAAGGACGUGUCAUAAAAGUGAAUCAUGCUCAUGAUAGGGCACCACGAGGAGGUGGUGGCUACAGAAAUUAUGGUGGCGGCUAUGGCGGUGGUGGCUAUGGCGCUGGCGCCGGCGCCGGCUAUGGAGGCAGCGGUGGCUAUGGUGGUGGAAAUUAUGGUGGUGGUAAUUAUGGUGGUGGAAAUUAUGAAGGUGGUAAUUAUGGUGGUGGUGGGAACUAUGACAAUAAUUUUGGUGCCAAUCAGAGUGGUGGAAGCAGUGGCGGUGGAUAUGGUGCGACUGCUGGAGACAGCUAUGCAAGUGGUGGUGCGGUUGGCAGUUAUGCUAGCACUGAAGGGUCUUAUGGUGGUAGCAGCACUUAUGCUAGUGGAGGAGGCAAUUAUGGUGGCAAUAAUUUUGAGAGUACAAAUGUUGGCUUUGAUGGUGGGAACAAUCAGAAUUUUGGUGUUGCUUCUGGUGGUGGUGCAACCGAUAACUACUUUGCAGGUAACGAUAAUGCUGGCGGCGGUUUCAGUGACACUGGGUUCAACAGCAAUUCUGGAUUAAGCUAUGGUGCUGGGAAUCAAUAUGGUAACAAUGAGAACAAUAAUGUGGCUAAUGCUGAUGGUAGUUAUGACCAAAAUGAUGGAGGAGGGAGUUUCCAGGAUGAUGAUGAGUCCCACGACGUUUUGGACAGAAGGGCCCCAUAACCAUACUAAGUCUGCCUGCAUUUGUGCUCACUGAAAUUUGCUCUCCUUACCCCAUGUCUGUGGCUCUCAACCUUUUCUUUUUGAUGUUGGCUUAUAGUUGUUUUAUGUCCCCGCAAUUGCAAAUCUGUUAGUACUUCUUAAUUGGGCCAUGUAAACUUGAAUUGUUACAUUUUUUAACUCAAUUUGGUAAUGAGAAGUUUGUUUCAAUGCCAGUUAGGCUUA